AUGAUGCAGAGGCCUCCACCAGAUGAUUUUCUAUUGAAAGAGACCAAUCCCCAUCUUGGAGGGGGCAAGAUCACUGGUGACAAGCUUACGAGCACCUAUGAUCUUGUGGAGCAGAUGCAAUACCUUUAUGUCCGGGUUGUUAAGGCCAAGGACUUGCCUGGAAAGGAUGUUACGGGUAGUUGUGAUCCUUAUGUGGAAGUUAGACUUGGAAACUAUAAGGGUACUACUCGGCAUUUUGAGAAGAAGUCGAAUCCGGAGUGGAACCAGGUGUUUGCUUUUUCAAAGGAUCGUAUUCAGGCUUCGAUGCUUGAGGUUACUGUUAAGGAUAAGGAUUUUGUGAAGGAUGAUUUCAUGGGUCGGGUUUUGUUUGAUUUGAACGAGGUACCAAAACGGGUUCCUCCUGACAGUCCUUUGGCGCCACAGUGGUAUCGGUUGGAGGAUAGGAAGGGAGAUAAAUAUAAGGGGGAAUUGAUGUUAGCUGUAUGGAUGGGAACACAGGCAGAUGAAGCAUUUCCUGAAGCAUGGCAUUCAGAUGCAGCUACUGUUAGUGGAGCAGAUGCUCUUGCUAAUAUUCGGUCCAAGGUAUAUCUCUCCCCAAAAUUAUGGUAUUUAAGGGUCAAUGUGAUUGAAGCUCAGGACCUGCAACCAAGUGAUAAAGGCAGGUAUCCAGAAGUGUAUGUUAAAGCUAUCCUGGGAAAUCAAGUCUUGAGAACAAGAGUUUCUCCUAGCAGGAGUAUUAAUCCUAUGUGGAACGAGGACCUUAUGUUUGUGGCAUCAGAACCUUUUGAGGAGCCCUUGAUUUUGAGCGUGGAAGAUAGAAUAGCGCCCAACAAGGAUGAAGUAUUGGGGAGAUGUGCGAUUCCAAUGCAGUACGUGGACAGAAGGUUGGACCAUAAGCCUGUGAACACUAGGUGGUUUAAUCUAGAGAAACAUGUUGUUGUAGAUGGGGAAAAGAAGAAAGAAACGAAGUUUGCCAGCAGGAUUCACAUGAGGAUUUGCUUGGAGGGUGGUUAUCAUGUUCUGGAUGAAUCAACACACUAUAGUAGUGAUCUUCGUCCAACAGCUAAACAGCUGUGGAAGCACAGCAUAGGUGUACUUGAAUUGGGUAUUCUCAAUGCUCAGGGAUUGAUGCCCAUGAAGACGAAGGAUGGUCGGGGAACAACUGAUGCAUACUGUGUGGCAAAAUAUGGGCAAAAGUGGGUUCGCACAAGAACCAUCAUCGACAAUUUCACACCCAAGUGGAAUGAGCAAUAUACUUGGGAGGUUUUUGAUCCCUGUACUGUCAUAACAAUUGGGGUCUUUGAUAAUUGUCAUUUGCAUGGAGGGGACAAGCCUGGGGGGCAAGAGAUUCAAGGAUUGGAAAGUGGUGUCAAGAAGAUGGGAGAAAUUCAUUUGGCUGUCCGUUUUACAUGCUCAUCCUUGCUCAAUAUGAUGCACAUGUAUUCACAACCUUUGCUGCCAAAGAUGCACUAUAUCCAUCCACUGACUGUCAGCCAGCUAGAUAGCUUGAGGCAUCAGGCCACUCAAAUCGUAUCAAUGAGGCUGAGCCGGGCCGAGCCACCAUUGAGGAAGGAGAUUGUUGAAUAUAUGCUGGAUGUGGGGUCUCAUAUGUGGAGUAUGAGAAGAAGUAAAGCCAACUUUUUCAGAAUCAUGAAUGUUUUCGGUGGGCUAAUUGCCGUGGGGAAAUGGUUUGAUCAGAUAUGCAAUUGGAAAAACCCAAUCACCACAGUGCUGAUUCACAUAUUGUUUAUCAUCCUAGUUCUUUAUCCAGAACUUAUCUUGCCCACAAUCUUCCUGUAUCUCUUCCUGAUUGGUGUUUGGUAUUAUAGAUGGAGGCCAAGGCAUCCUCCUCACAUGGACACUCGUCUCUCUCAUGCAGAGUCUGCUCAUCCUGAUGAAUUGGAUGAGGAAUUUGAUACAUUCCCAACCUCGCGGCCUGCUGAUAUUGUAAGGAUGAGAUAUGAUCGCUUGAGAAGUAUUGCAGGGAGGAUUCAGACUGUUGUUGGUGAUUUAGCUACUCAAGGGGAGAGGUUGCAAUCUUUACUGAGCUGGCGAGACCCAAGGGCCACAUCUUUGUUUGUGCUUUUUUGUCUGAUUGCUGCCAUUGUUCUCUAUGUUACUCCUUUCCAAGUUGUGGCACUCCUCACUGGAUUUUAUGUGUUGAGACAUCCCAGGUUCCGCCACAAACUUCCUUCGGUUCCACUCAAUUUCUUCCGACGGUUGCCUGCAAGAACUGAUUGCAUGCUCUGA